CGUGCCUCGCAGGGCCCUGUGGGAAGCUGGAGGCCCGCGCGCUUCCUGUGUGCCCGUCUCCAUGGCAACGGCAUCGCCACAGCGCGGCCUGCGCGGCCCGGGGGUCCCUGAGCCCCAAACCUGAGCCCCCGAACCCCCCUGGGACCGGUCCCGGGGAGGGUGAGCCCCCCAGGAGUCUCUGAGAUCCCCAGGCUGGGGAUCCUGGUCCCCGUGAUCCCCCAGCUCCACUUCAGUGAUUCCACUGCCCCCUGGAUACGGGGACUCUGUCCCACCUGGGGAUCCCAGCUCUGAUUCCCUGCUAUCCCAACACUCCUGUCCCCACUGACCCCUCCCGUUCUGCAGGUUUCUGCCCCCCCCUUUCCCUCAGACCUUUCCCCUUUCAGGGCCCCCCGACACCUACCCAAGGGCACGAGGAGGGGACAAGGACUCCCCAGGCCACCCCCUGCCAUGGCUGAGCAGGAGGAGACUCUUUGUGGGGACCGUGAGGGGACAUCCCCAGGAGUGACUCUCAGCGACAGCCUCAUCCUUGCCAGGAGCGGAUCCACGGAGCUGCUGCCCCUCUCCACCAUCCGCCUGGACCGGGAGAACAUCUCCUCCAUCGGGAAGCUCCGGGAUCAGGGAGGGAUCCACAGCCUCUACCUGCAGCAGAACAAAAUCGAGAGGAUCGAGAAUUUGGGCUGUUUUCCCAACCUGAGGUUCCUCUGCCUGGCUGGAAACCGCAUCCAGAGGGUGGAGAACCUGCAGCCCCUGCCUCACCUGCGUGCCCUGGACCUGUCCCACAACCACAUCCAGGUGCUGGACACAGAGGAGCUGCCCCGGGGCCUUCAAAUCCUGGAUUUAACAGGGAACGAGUGCACCCGCCAGCACGGAUACAGGGAGCUGGUGUUGGGAGCGCUGCCCCACCUCCUGCAGCUGGAUGCCCAGCCCCUCCAUGGCAAGCAAGAGGAGGGAGGAGGCUCUUCCCAUGGUGAGGAUGAGGAUGAUGAGCUGCUCCCCAAGCCCAGCGGCCCUUUCACCGUGGACAAAGGUUUCUUCUUGGAUCUGCGCCGGGAGCUGGCCGGGCGCUCCCAGCGCAGGCGGAGGGAGGUGCUGGAGGAGCACCGGGCGCGGAUGGAGGAGCUGCAGGAACGCCGGGAUCUGCUGCUGAGCCCGGAUCGGGAUGGAGGCCCCGGCCCCGCUGCCCCGCAGCCCCUGCAGGGCCACCCCCAGCCCCGGGCUCAGCCAGGGACACCCCUCCUGGGAUCCAGCAGGUCCCAGCGAGCUCCUGGUGGCGUCCAGUCCCGGAGCAAAGCUCUGGAGAAGGAGGCUGGUGCCAAAGGGGCAGGGAAAAAGCAGUUAUCCCAAAUAUCCCGUGGCAGCGCGGCACCGCGCGGCCAGGAAUAAAGGUUUUAUUCCCACCCAAAUCCAUAUGGAUGCCAUGGAUCCCCCACCCUGCAGCCAUCCCGGGGGCCUGGCACAGGCAGGGCUCCAAAUCCCAUCCCAUAUCCCUCUCCUUCCCCCUGCACCUCAUUCCAGGCCAUGGGCACAUCUCAGUGCUUUUCUCCAGGGUAAACUGGGGGCUGGAGGUUCCACACCCCCAGGCAGGGCUGGGGGAGGUGGGGAGCCAGGGCUGGACACCAGGAAUGUUUUCUCAUUCCCUACCCAGGUGCAAUUCCAGGGGGGAA